UUAUGCGAUAGGCGCAACGAUUGAAAGUUUAUAAAAGGGAAUGAUACGAUUUUUUUCGUCAGACAGUAGAGAACAGUUCACUGUUUUCUGUCCAGUGUGUUGUACUACAAGUGUUUAGUGUUACCAGUAUAGAAAAUAGAUUUACAUAAUGAUUGCUAGAUAUUUAACUUUCUUGAUGGCGCUGGGAGCCACCACGGCGUUGUACCGACGCUUCCAUGGUGUGGACCCCAACUCGCUGGCCUGCGAUCCUUUGGGUCAGAUUUUCCUGCUAUUGCCUCACCACGAAGACUGCAAUAAAUUCUACACAUGCGAUCACGGGAAGGAGGUCCAAGUGGUUUGCCCAUCGGAAACCAUCUUUGAUUUCGUAGAACAGGGUUGCAACUGGUCCUGGGCUACUUCGUGCGUUCUUCGCAAACGGGAAGACGAUUCUUCCAGCGAAGAAUCUGUGGAAGGAUCCGGAGACAGCAGCGAAGAGCUCUGGCAUCCGAAGCCGAAGGACAACGGCCAUGUUGGUGAGGGAGUAAAAUUAGGUCUCAUGCAUCUGCUGAGCGAGGCCGCAGUCAAACCGUCGGAAGCGCACGCCUUCAGCACCAUCUUGGAUUGCGAAAACUCGGAGUCGGCUGCCAGACGCUUACCGUACAGAGGUGACUGCCAGCGUUACUGGCGUUGCUCCAACGGCGUCCCCGAAGCUUACUUCUGUUCCGACGGCCUGUUCUUCAACGAGCGCACGCAACAGUGCGACUUCGAAGCCAAUAGCAAGUGUACAGAUGUACAACAUAACGAGCUGGGCGGGGAAUUUAUAGAGUACAAGUAAAGUUAUGUGAGAUUGGAAGACCAUUAAGUGAGAAUUAACUUCGGUUCGGCUCAGUAUUGGAUACCAUUAGAGCGUUUGUUGACUGAAGAUGCC